UCUCUUCCUCUCUCUCUCUCCCCCCCUCUCCCCCUUCCCAAGCCCGCUCGUGAAGCCCGGCCGGCGCGCUUGAGCAUGACCGAGCCCGCCGUCCCCCGCACGGCUGACUUCGGUUCCUCGACCGAGCCCGACUCACUGAUGGGUAGCCCGGAGCUGGCAGACGACCAACCGGUCGGGGGCCCGCCCGCGACCCCCGGGCAGGAUGCGACGCCGGCCAAGCUGCGCGAGCUGACCCUCGCCUACAACAAGCUGCGGCGUAAGGCCCAAUCCAAGAUCGACCAACAGAAGGAAACCAUUGAUGAGCUCCAGCGCCAGGUGGACCAGUUCUCCUCGGGGUCCCCGGGUGCCGGUGUUGUGGCCGACCUGACCGAGCGCCUGGCUCGGCUGGAGUCCGAGCGUGAGAAGCUCACCCAGAAGAAUGACAGUUUGCAGAAGAUGAUCGAUUCAUCAAGUGACCUUUUUGCGGCCAAGCUGGCCGAGACCGAGUCCAUGCUCAAUAUGUCGACCAGCAAGAAUGCCAUCCUGGAGAAUGACCUCCGGUCCUUACGCGAGCAGCUUGAGGGCCGGCCGGGAGGCCCCGCCGCCGACACAGCCACCGGUGCCCCACUUGACGCGCAGGCCUUGCUUGCCUUGGUGCCGGAGCUGAGCGCGCAUUUGCCUGUGGCUGCUUCCACCGACGCGGCCACGCGCCCGGCCAAUCCCUUCCCCUCGGCCUCCGGCUGGGAUGACGAUGCGGACUUCCUCGACGAGAGUGCCUUCCUGUCGGAUGGCGACACGACUGCCAUGCCCCUCACUGCUGACACUGUUGCCUCGGCCAUUCGGAAGCUGCUCGCUGAGCCGGGCCCUGCAUCUGCUCCCGGCGCGGAGGUUGGUGAUCUGCAGGCUGAGGUGAGCCGGCUGCGGCAGCAGCUGGCCGCCCUGGCGGACCCCCUCGGCCUGGCCCCCGAGGAUCCGGGCCUGGCGGACGCCGCGGCCCGGCGUCUGCGCGACCAUGGGCGUCUUUCCGACCUGGUGGGCCAGCUGGAGGAGCGCGUCCAUGAGCUGGAGGAAGAGGCCGCCAGCGGCCAGCCGCAGUCCCAUGCAUCGCCCCUGCUGGCACUGGUGGAGCAGGCCUCCUCCUCCGGCCAGGAGGUGGAUGCCCUGCGUGCGCAGGUUGCUGCUCUGGAGCGCGAGUUGGCUGCCGCGCGUGAUGCCACGCAGGCCGAACUCGACGCCGCAACUCGCGGCUUGGCCGAUGCGCGGGCCAGCUCGGAGGCCACGCAGGCCGAGCUGGCCGCCGUCCAGGCCGAGCUGGCCACCGCACAGGCCGAGCUGGCGUCGGUGCGUUCUUCCGCCGAGGCCGGCCAGUCGGACUUGGCUCAGCAGCUCAGCGAGGCUCGGUCGGCCGCGGAGAGUGCCCAGCUCGAACUGGCCGCCGCUCGCGCGUCCACCGAGGCCGGCCACACGGCGUUGGCCCAGACGCUGGCCACCACGCAGGCCGAGCUGGCCAGCGCCCGCGCCGAUGUCGACGCCUCGCGUGCCGAGCUGGCCGCCGCCAAGUCCUCGAUCGAGGAAAGCCAGGCGGACCUGGUCCGGCAGCUGGAUGCCGCCCGGUCGGAGCUGGCGCAAGUUCGCCAAUCGGCCGAGGCCGGCCACUCGGAUCUGGCUCAGCGGCUGGCCGGCAUGCAGGACGAAUUGUCCACCGCGCAAGUCGAGCUGGCCGGUGCCCAGGCCGAGUUGGCGGACGCUCGCGCCGUCGCCGCCACGACGCACACCGAGCUGGCUGCCGCCCACUCCUCGGCCGAUGUCGCUCGGGCGGAGCUUGCCCAGGCGUUGGCCGCCGCCCAGGCGGAGCUGGCCAGUGCGCAGGCCGAGCUGGCCGAGGCGCGCGCCUCGGCCGAGUCCGGCCAGGCGGCGCUGGCUCAGCAGCUGGCCACCGCGCAGGCCGAGCUGGCCGCCGCACGCACUGCCACCGAGUCCGGCCAGUCGGAGCUGGCUCAGCAGCUGGCCACCGCGCAGGAUGAGCUGGCCACCGUGCAGAUUGAGCUGGCCAGCUCGCAGGCCGAGUUGGCCGAUGCUCGUUCCGCCGCCGAGACGGCACAGAGUGAGCUGGCCGGUGCCCGUGCUUCCAUCGAGUCCGGCCAUUCGGAGAUGGGCCAAAGCCUGGCCUCUCUGCAGGAUGAGCUGGCCGCCGCGCAAAUUGAGCUGGCCAGCGCGCAGGCCGAGCUGGCUGAUGCUCGGGCCGCCUCCGCCGCGGCUCAGGCCGCCGCGGCUCAGGAGUUGGCUGCUGCCCGGUCGGAGCUGGCCGCGGCCCAUGCUGCCGGCGAAUCCGGCCAGUCUGAGCUGGCCCAAAGUCUGGCCGCCAUGCAGGACAGCCUGAGCAACACGCAGAUUGAGCUGGCCGGUGCGCAGGCCGAGCUGGCGGAUGCUCGCGCGGCGAUGCAGGUCGCUCGGGACGAGCUGGCCGAGGCCCGUGCCUCGCAGGACUCCACCCGGGGCGCCCUCGAUGGUCUGGCCUCCCGGGAGGCGGAGCUGGCCAGCGUGCGCGCCGAGCUGGCGGCCGCCCGUGCCGAGGCGGAGAUCGCCCAGGCGGAGCUGGCCGCCGCACGCACCGCCACCGAGUCCGGCCAGUCGGAGCUGGCUCAGCAGCUGGCCACCGCGCAGGGUGAGCUGGCCGGCGUCCGGGCCGAGCUGGCCGAUGCCCGCGCCUCUGCCGAUGCGGCUCAGGCGGCCAUUUCCCAGCAGCUGGAUGCUGCUCGGUCGGAGCUGGCCGCCCUGCAGUCAUCCGCGAAGCUUGAGCAGACGCAGCUAGCCGAGCAGCUGGCGGCCGCCCAGUCGGAGCUGCUUGCCGCCCGCGCGGCCGGCGAGUCCGACCAAUCGGAGCUCGGCCGGCAGCUGGCGGAUGCCCGAUCCGAAUUGGAGCAAGCCCGCGCCUCGAUCGCGGCAGCACAGGCCGAGCACGAGGCGCUGCUUCGGCAGCUGGACACGCAGCAGGCCUCGGUCCAGGAGUCCCAGACCCAGCUGGCCGCGUUGCAGGCCGAGCUGGCCGGCCGUGCUGACGCGCAUGCAGCCCUCGAGGCCGAGGUGGUGCACCUUCGCCAGACGGUCCCGGCUCUGGAGGCGGCGGCCGCCGGCCAUGCGGCCCAGCUGGCCGCCCUGGCGCAGGAGCGGGAUGACGCUGUGGCCGCACACGCCGCCCAACUGGCGGCCCUGGUGCAGGAGCGGGAUGGUGCCGCCGCCGAGCGGGAUCUCCUCCUGACCCAGCUGUCCUCCUCGGCACUGCACGAGUCGGAUGUGGUGCAGGAGCUCCGCGCAUCGGUUGAUGCCCUCACCGUGCAGGCCCAACAGGCUGCCGGUCAGCUUGCCGAGACCCAGGCGGCCCUCGCGAGCGCCACCACCCAGGCGGCUGAUCUGUCGGCACGCUUGAGCGCCGCCGAGCAGGAGCGCGACCAGCACCUGACCCAGCUCCGCGAGCUGACGUCGACCCAGCAGGCGGCCUCCUCUGAGCGCGAGACCCAGCUGGCGGCGGGCCUGGCCGCGGCCGAAGCCCGGGUCAAUGAGGCCGAACAGGCUCUGGCCGAGCUGCGCCUGGCCCACCAGAGCGAGGUGUCUUCCAUUCGUGGGGAUUCGGCCGCCCAGCUGAGCGAGGUUCUCCAAACGCAGGACCAAUUCCAGGCGCAGAUGGUCAGCCGUGUGGCCGAGCUGCAGCAAGCUCUCGAGAGCGCCGAGACCCGGCUCUCCCAGCAGCAGGCCCUCUUGCAUGAGGCCGAGCGUGCACGCGAUCAGCUGCGCUCCAACCUGUCGGACCAGGCGGCCGCCGAGGCGCGCCUCCAGGCGGACAUCACCCGCGAGCGGGACCGCGCGCUGUCCCUGCAAACGGAGCUCGCCUCGGCCCGGGAUCAUGCUUCGGGCUUGGAGGCGCAGCUGAACGCCACCAAUGGCCAGUUGCAGACGCUGGCGGCGCAAGUCCCGGCGGUCUCCGGCUCGGCGGUGGCCUCCGCCGGGGCGGACGCCUCUGCGGCCGGGGCGGCCACGGCCGCCAGUGCCGACGAGGUGGCUCGGCUGACGCAGGCCCUGGGCGACCUGCGCGCGGGGCACCAGCAGGAGCUGGCGGGCAUCCGGACACAGGUGCUGGCCGAGAGCCAGCGAACUGCGCAGGCCGAGCUCCAGCGUGCCCGGGCCGAGUGGCUCGCCAAGUUGGAGGUCCUGCAGCAGGAGAAUGAGCAGCUCCGUGUCAAAAAUCGCGAAGCCCAGCAAAAGAUCCUGGACCUCGGCCACCACCAUCAGCAGCAGCAGCAGCAGCAGCAGCAGCAGCAGCAGCAGCAGCAGGCUGCCGGAAAGGGCGGGCUGGACUUCCUGGCCGGCGGCCCCGGGCCCGGGGCCGCCUUCAACGGGGGUGGCAUCUAUGGCUUGUCAGAUCCGCAUGCGUUGGCCGGGGGCCAGUCGCAAGUGCAGCAGCUUGGCCUGCCGGCGCCGGGCCCGGCCGUCGGGGCUGGUCCCUACGGCGGGCGGGAGGCCAUUCCCAUGGACACCGUGCCGGGCGACCUGCCGCCAAGUGUGGUCUCCGCGGCCGCCUCCUCCUCGGCCUUCGAGAAAUCCACCGCCGGCGAGCUGGCCCCGGUCACCUUCUUCUCGUCGCUGGAAACCGACCGGCUUCUGGGCGGCAGCCGCUUUGGCUCUGGGCUCGGGCCCGACUCUGGCGACCUGCCGGAGUACCGGACCACCGGGUCGACCGGGGCCUCGGGGGCUUCUCGUGCGAGUGACUCCCUCCCUCGGCGGGCUCUUUCCCGCGCCCGUGUCGAGGUUCUGCACGUGGCCCGUGCGCUUAUCCUUCUGCUUGACCGGUGGAGUGCCAAGACGGCCCUGCACAUCAAGCGCAAUGGCAAUGCCCGCCUGGUGGCCUUCGUCUAUGUGGUCUUCAUCCACAUCCUUUGGAUCAUGUCCGCCCUGCUCGGCAUGUUCUAGGUGUAAGAGCCGGCGGCGCCCAAGAAUACCGGGCAGGUGCGACCGCCCCUCCCCUUCCUGGGCGGCCCCCCCAGACAUUGGGUCGCCCUGCUCGGCGCGCCUCAGCCCCAUCCAUUUUGAAGGGCAAUCCAAUACACAUCCGCAUCCUCAUACA